CACGAACCUCUCUCUCUCUUUCUUCAUUCUUCUUACUUCGAACCGCAAAUUCUUCCUUCUAACCGUCGUCAUGAUUCCCGCUCCAGAUCAAGAGCAGCUCCUCCAGGAUCUCCAGGUUUUCAAGAUCAAAGGCAAAGAUAAGCGCGGCCGCAAAAUCCUCCAGAUCUUCGCUAAGUUUUUCCCUGCGAGGAUCGUGAGCGUUGACGUCGUGAAUAAGUACCUCCGUGAGAAGGUGUUCCCGGAGCUCGAUAACCGGCCGUUCGCGGUGCUCUACUUCCACACCGGCGUCGAGAAGAGCGAGAACUUUCCCGGAAUUUCAGCCCUGCGGUCCGUCUACGACUCCAUUCCCGCCCCCGUCCGGCAGAAUCUCGAGGCCGUGUACUUCGUCCACCCAGGCCUUCAGUCCAGGCUCUUUCUGGCCACCUUUGGCCGGCUCAUCUUCUCCGGAGGGUUAUACGCAAAGCUGAGGUACGUGACGAGGCUGGAUUAUCUGUGGGAGCACGUGAGGAGGAACGCGAUCCAGAUCCCGGAGUACGUCCACGAUCACGACGCCGAUCUGGAGUACCGUCCGAUGAUGGACUACGGCGUGGAGACGGACCACACUAGGGUCUACGGUACGCCCGCACUCGAUACGCCCGACCCGAUGCACUCCAUGAGAUGCAUCGCGUAGUAGUCACAACCCCCCGGCCUACUACGACGUCGUUGCGAGGUUUAGGAGCGUGGGACCGCACGCACUCAAACGAUGUGCGUGCUUCCAGUCGCGUUUAUGUCAAUUUCUAAUAUUGCAAAAGUGCCCCUCUUUUUUUUCCUUUUGUAUAUACAGCGCCAAAUCUUGUUGUUUGUUGUGGCUUCUUUCACAUGGCUUCGGUUGUGCGUGGCUUUUCAAUCUUUCAACUGUUUCAAGUAUAGGGUUUGGGCUAAAUUUGAUCUCAUUCAAAUGCUUCUUUAAUUGUGCCAUUAAUCUGACUCUUAACUUUUGCGCCGAAUUAUUAGUGUUAAAUUUUUAUGAGAGACGGACGAGCACAGACGAUGAGACGGAGAGACAGAGCUUCCAGGCAUAGACGAUGAGAUCGAGCUUCUGAAGCGCUGCGUCGACCAAGCACAGAGAUCGCAGAGAAGCGCUCUGCGCUAAUCCCCAUGUUUGUUCAGCUGUCCGGACACCACUGGUCACCUUAAAUCGCCUUCUCCGGUGAAUCUUGUCCCGUGAGUAAAGAUGAAAUAAUCAAGACCUAAUUCCAUGUGAAGGAUGAUUUUUAGUUUUUUUGGAAGCCAUCUGCGUACUGCCCUGCCUGAUUGUUCUUUUU